AUGCAUUUUUUUAGAUUGUUUGGUGCACAGACCAGUUAUAUUAACGUGAAAAUAAAAAAUAUAAUGUUAUUAAAAUUAAUUAAAAUAAAUGAUAAUAAAAUACAAAAAAAUGGGAAAUUUCAUAGUUAAAGUACGUUUAGUGCAGCAAAAAAAUGGUGAAUUUGUGGUAACCUUAGUUUAGCUACAAUAACUUCUUAAUGUUUAUGUAUUAAUAUAUACAUUUUGUGCAACCAUUUCUCUUUUAACAGACGAGAAGGACAAGGUGGAGAAGCAAAAAAAGAAAAAGAAGAAGAGCAGGGUUGGCUCUUUUAUCAGAGCUGCCCUAAAAUGGUUUUGCUUCUCUCCAAGAAAUGAGCCGUUUCAACUUUCAUCCUCUGAUGACUACGAGAAUGAGGUCUAUCAGAAAAUGAUGGUGAAAGUGGAAGAAGAGAAGGAGAUGAUGGAGGAGGUGGUGGAGAAGGUGGAGGUGGUGGAGAAGGUGGAGAAAGUGACAAAAGAAGAAGAUAAAAUUUUGGAGAAAGAGGAGGAGGUGGUGAUUGAACUGGAGGAGGUGAAGGAGAAAGAGAAAGAUAACACAAAUGAAGAGAAGCCAGAGGAGGAAGGGAAGCGAAAGAGAAAAAAGAAAAACAUCAGCAGCCGAUUGUCAGAGGAGGAGUUUUGGAGGAGGAGGAAAAUAGAGGAGGAGAGGGUGGAGGAGAAAGAGGAGGAGGUGGUGAUUGAACAGAAGGAGUUGGAGAAAGAGAACAUAAAUGAAGAGAAGCCAAAGGAUGAGGAGAACAUGGAAGAGGAGAAAGUGAAAAAGAAAAGGAGGAGGAGGAGGAGGCCAAGAAACUGCAGUGUGGAAGAGGAGGCGGUGAAAGAAAACAAAAGUGAGGAGGUGGAAAAGAAUGAAGAGAAAGAGAUGAAUAACAUUGAAAUAGAGGAGAACAUGGAAGAGGAGAAAGUGAAAAAGAAGAGGAGGAGGAGGAGGAGGCCAAGAAACUGCAGUGUGGAAGAGGAGGUGGCGAAAGAAAAUGAAAGUCAGGAGGAGGAAAAGAACGCAGAGGAGAAAGAGAUCAAUGACAUUGAAAUAGAGGAGAACAUGGAAGAAAUGAAAGAGAAAAAGAAAAGGAGGAGAAGGAGGAGGCCAAGAAACUGCAGUGUGGAAGAGGAGGUGGUGAAAGAAAAGGAAAGUGAGGAGGUGGAAAAGAACGCAGAGGAGAAAGAGAUGAAAGACAUUGAAAUAGAGGAGAACAUGGAAGAGGAGAAAGUGAAAAAGAAAAGGAGGAGGAGGAGGAGGCCAAGAAACUGCAGUGUGGAAGAGGAGGCGGCAAAAGAAAAUGAAAGUGAGGAGGUGGAAAAGAACGCAGAGGAGAAAGAGAUGAAUGACAUUGAAAUAGAGGAGAACAUGGAAGAGGAAAAAGUGAAAAAGAAAAGGAGGAGGAGGAGAAGGCCAAGAAACUGCAGUGUGGAAGAGGAGGCGGCGAAAGAAAAUGAAAGUGAGGAGGUGGAAAAGAACGCAGAGGAGAAAGAGAUGAAAGACAUUGAAAUAGAGGAGAACAUGGAAGAAAUGAAAGAGAAAAAGAAAAGGAGGAGAAGGAGGAGGCCAAGAAACUGCAGUGUGGAAGAGGAGGCGGUGAAAGAAAACGAAAGUGAGGAGAUGGAAAAGAAUGGUCGAAGAUGGCCGAAGCUGCAUUUAGAGAAGGAAAGACAAUCAUAUGUUCAUGUUCAAUAAAGUUGUGUUGUACAAAAAAAAAAAAAAAAACAGUGUGUUGUGUUUAUCUGCUUAAUCGUCUGUUUCAAAAGUGUUGAAGUUUGUGUCUGGUGUUGUGUUGAUGAUUAUUCCCAUUUCAAAAAAACAAUUUAGAGUGUAUUUACUAUGUAUAUUAUACAUGUAUAUUACAUACUAGCAU